AGAGAGGAGCAGACAGCUCGCCUGGCGCGGCUAAAGCUAACGGAGGAAGAAAACAUGGAGCUGUCUGCUGUCGGAGAGAGAGUGUUCGCCGCCGAAUCCAUCAUCAAGCGGCGGAUCCGGAGAGGUCGGAUGGAGUAUCUGGUGAAGUGGAAAGGUUGGUCACAGAAGUACAGCACCUGGGAACCAGAGGAAAACAUUCUGGACUCUCGGCUUUUUGCAGCUUUUGAGGAAAGGGAGCGAGAAAGGGAACUCUUUGGACCCAAGAAGAGAGGACCCAAACUCAAGACCUUCCUGAUGAAGGCUCAAGCCAAAGCCAAAGCGAGAUCCUAUGAGUUCCGCGGGGAAUCUUCACGCAGCAUCCGUAUCAACUACCCGAACCCUGAACCUCUGGUGACGCCGAGGGCCAGGGAGGGGCUCCGCAGCGUCGUCCCAACCAUCUUCCCCCCCAGCACUGUGAACCGGGGCGAAAGUGUCCGACCCACCCAUCAGGAACUUUCCCGAGAUCAUCGUUCUCAUCUGUCACCCAGGGUUGAGACAGAAAGAAUGGGCCACGUCCCGAAAAAACGGGGUCGCAAGCCCAAACUGUUCAGAGAAGGCUACUCAAGUGUCCUGCACUCAGAAAAGAGCAAGAUGGACGAGUCCAUGUCUGGCAUCCCGUCUAAAAUGGCACGUCUCGAACUGGGCGAGGACGAUGAGGACACUCUGAGCACAAGGUGUCAAAAGCAACAGAACCCUCUCCUUAUUCCUCGUCGGAUGAUGGAAUGGACCAAAACAAGUGACGACUGCAGGACUCGAGAGCUUACCACUAGUCCUUUCCACCGCAAGCACCUUAAACACCUCAGACAUCAUGGAGCAUUCAAACACAGUGACAUGGCAGCUAUCAAGCGCCCACAUCAACAUCACCCUCAUCAUCAACAUCACCCUCAUCAUCAUCAUCAUCAUCAUCAGCAUCGGCAUUAUCAUCAGCAUCACCAGCCUUCACUCAUUGCCAAGAUCCCCAUGGCACGGAUCCUCGGAGAACCAGAGGAAGAAGCGGAACAGGAGGAGGACGGGGACAAGUGGAGACCUUGCCUCAGCAAUGUUGAGAAGGUCACAAUCACGGACGUGACGACAAACUUUUUAACUGUCACCAUCAAAGAGAGCAACACAGACGAAGGCUUCUUUAAAGACAAGAGAUGAUCAGGUUCCUGUUACACACAUUCUGAUCAUCAUUUCUACAGUCAUACUGCAAUAUUCCACAUGAAAAAUUGAUCAUCAAAAUAUGAUCUGUUUGGAGAACAAAGAGAAUUACUAAGGAACUCUGGUCUCCAGAACUUCAGAAGAUCAGCCUUGCCCUGACCGUGGAAUAUUUUCCUAAAAAUGUACUAUCAAUUGCAAAUACUAAUAAUAUAUUAAACAAUAUUGUGAACAGUGAUAAUGUUAUUGCAAUGAACAUUUAAAAUAAAGUUAGUAGGCUUAUUUUAGGCUGAAGUGAUAAAAGAACUGGUUUGGAUUCCUUAAAAAAACCCGAAAGCCUACCAGAUGUUUUUCAUUGGUUUCUCAGUGAACUGAAGAAUUCCCAACACAGUGUGUUUUUCGCUUUUGUUUUUCUUUAGGAAACCAAAAAUGGUUCUUAUUCACUCUAAAAAUGUCUGCUACCUUUUUCCUUUUUUGAAGCCUGUAGUCUCAAGCACUAAGUAUUUGUUCCUGCUCUGUUCUAAUCACCAUGUGCUGUGUAUGAAAAUAUCAAGAUAUGAACAUCCAUUUUAUGUGUUAAACACUGAACCGUGAUGGCGGACAUGAUCGAGGAGACAUUUGCAUGCACUAUAUGUUCAGCUCUGAGCUGAAUCCAUGUCUGGGAAUGUAGAUGUGUGUAUGUUGGGCUCCUGGAGUCAUUUUCUUGUAAAAAAAAAAAAAAAACUAAAC